AUGACGGAGCUGCUGGUGCUGCUCAUCGUGGCCUCGCAGGUGACGCUCUACCUGCUCAUCGGCUUCAUGUUCCGCGCGCUGCAGCGCAAGUAUCACCAGCGCAGCUCCAGCGAGCUGCAGCAGGCGCUGAUCGCCAGGCAGGUCGCGAAUCCCUGGGGAGAUACGACCGGAGAGCACCGCGUCGACAUUGCAACGCUAGAAAGCGCGAGCGAGGGGCCCACUCACUGCGCGACAACUGCGUGCAAGUAUCCUGGAUACGUGCCAGUGUUCUAUAGAGAAGAAGACGGCUAUGAAGAAGCAGCAGAGACGGGGGUAUCUCUAGAGCCAUCGGACGGAGAACCUGGGUGGGUCAUUGCCAAACUGCAGAAUGAGACGAGGCUAAUGAAGAUCCAGACCGUGCCUGCUGAAGAAGCGAACGCUCUUGCGUUCGCGACUGGGGCGCCUUCGUCGAGGAAUGUCGACAUCAAGGGGUUCCUAGAUCUGUCGAGAAAGGAUUUCCCGACGAAAUUCGCGCAUUUUGUGGUCUGCACGUCCUCGUUGAUUGUACCCGCAGAGUUGGAAGUGAUGAAGCUGUUCCUGCGUCGUGAACACGUGGUGGAAGAAUCGAUGGAAUAUUUUUGCUGCAUGGAUGACAGCGAUACUCGUGCAGUGGUGCGAAUCGAUUUUGCAUCGGAGACUGCUGUAGAUGCUGGCGGUGUGCAUCGUGAGUGGUUCACCCUUGUGACAGAGCUGAUGAUCGAUCCGUCGUUGGGCGUAUUUACUUGUACAAAUCGCGAGACCCAGACGUAUUUCUUCAACACAAACUCUAAAGAGGAGAUUGGCGAGGAACACUUAGCUUACUUUUUUGCAGUGGGGCGUCUCGUCGGUCGCGCUCUGCUAGACGGUGAAGUUUUGGGCUUCCACUUUGCACCUGCACUGCUGAAGAUCAUCCUCGGUAUCCCUCUCACCUUCCGCGACUACGAAGACUUCGACCCGAUAACGUACAAGAGUCUGCUGUGGAUGUUGGAAAACGAUGGCGCGGAUGCAUUGGGGUUAGAUUUUACGGCGACAAGACGGGAUGCAAAGGGGGACGUGGUGACGGUGGAGCUCGUGCCAAAUGGAGGAGAUAUCUCGGUCACAGACUCCAACAAACACUCGUUUGCGGAGCAUUGGCUGCGGUAUUUCUUGCUGGAAAGUGUUUCGGACCAGCUGUACGUAUUUCUGAAGGGCUUGUACCAAGUGAUUCCGCGGCAGAUCCUGAUGCUCUUCGACGCGGAGGAGUUCGACUACGUGCUAUGUGGCUGCGACACCAUCGACGUGACGGAUUGGGAGACACAUACGCGGUGCUCCAGGAAUCUGACGGGGACACGAGUACUUCGGUGGUUCUGGGAACUUGUGCGAGAUAUGAACCCCGAGUGUCGGCGUCGGUUGUUGCAGUUUGCGACGGGGUGUUCGCGAGUACCGAUCGGGGGCUUCCGGCACCUGACGAGCCACGACGGACAGAUCUGCCCGUUCACGUUGAAGGGCGUGCACUCUUCAUACAUCCGAAGCCACGCGUGCUUCAACAGGCUAGACCUGCCGUUGGUGUCGACUCGGGCAGAGCUCAAGGAGGUGCUUUACGCCACUCUCAACACGGAGACGUACGGGUUCACGACGGCGUAG